AUGUCCCGCCUUCUCCUCCGUACUCCCCGCCUCACAGCUUCCGCACUAGGUCUCACCUCCUACACCUCCUACACACUUCUCCAAUCGCACCGUUUCCCCGCUCGCUUGGAUUCAGUUUCCUCGCCGCUGUCGAAAAAUGGGAAUAGGAGCACGCCACUUGUCAAGAAGGGAGGUGGCUUGGAUUCGAAGACCGUGAGUCAGAUUAGUAGUGGGAGUAUUGUUGGACUAGGAGCCGGUCUGGCAGUCAGUACAUUUUCGCGUUCGCUAGCGCUAAUAAUCGGUUUAAUGGUUGUUGGGAUACAAUGGGCCUCUUCCCACGGCCUCGAUAUCGUCCCUACAGAUCGUAUCCAGCGCUAUAUCAAACAUGUGAAUCUACGUUCGCUCAUAGAAGAAAACGUUGCGUUCAAAGUUUCUUUUGGGACAACUUUCGCUAUGGCUGCUUUUAUGCGAUUUUAG